GGCUCAAUCUCCUGCUCAGUGGACUUCCUGAUCCUGAGCCUCUCAACCUGAAUUUGCAGUUCCAUUCCAAACCCCAGCGGACCUCAGGUAAUUAUUUGAUCAUGAGCAUUAAGUUUUUUCUAGUUGCAACCUGUAUAUGGGCAUGGUGGGUCUCCUUGGUUUUCACUGCUUCCUCCAAUGGGCUACUGAGGAUUGGUCUGAAGAAACAGCCUUUAGACCUGAAAAGAAUAAAUGCUGCAAGAAUCAUCCGAGGAGACGUUACUAGGAAUUUGCAUGAUCAGAGCGCAGAUGUAUUAUAUCUGAAGAAUUAUCUUGAUAUCCAAUAUUAUGGAGAGAUUGGUAUAGGUUCACCCUCACAAAGUUUUGAUGCUGUUUUUGAUACUGGAGCCUCCAAUCUUUGGGUCCCAUCUUCAAAAUGCCUUUUCUCAAUUGCUUGCUACAUGCAUUCCAAGUUCCGGGCACGGCUAUCCCAUACUUAUAUCAAGAUUGGAAUACCUUGUGAAAUUGAAUAUGGCUCUGGUUCUAUUGCUGGUUUCUUCGGUCAAGAUCAUGUUAAAGUUGGAGAUAUUGUUGUCAAAGACCAAGAGUUCGUCGAGAUUACAAAGGAAGAAUAUUUAGCAUUCCUGAUUACAAAAUUUGAUGGGGUUCUUGGACUCGGAUUCCAGGACAUUUCUGUUGGCCGAGCUACACCUGUGUGGUAUAAUAUGAUGGAACAAGGACAUUUGAGCCAGCAACUUUUCUCUAUCUGGCUAAACCAAGAUUCAUCAUCAAGGUUGGGAGGUGAAAUCGUUUUUGGGGGGCUUGAUUGGAGGCAUUUCAAGGGUGAGCACACUUUUGUACCGGUUACCAGACAGGGUUACUGGCAGAUUGCAAUGGGAGAAAUUCUAGUGGCAAACAACUCCACAGGACUGUGUGCGAAAGGCUGUGCUGCCAUUGUGGAUUCAGGAACAACCUUUCUUGCUGGUCCAACUGCUGUCGUGGCUCAGAUCAACCAUGUUAUUGGUGCAGAAGGAAUUAUCAGCUUGGAAUGCAAAAAGGUUGUUUUUGAGUAUGGAUACUCCCUGUGGGACUACAUGAUAUCUGGGGUGCGACCUGACAUUGUAUGUGCUGAAGUUGGACCAUGUUCCUAUAAUAAAUCAAAACACACUAGCAGUGGCAUAGAGACAUUGGUAGAAAAUAGAUCAAGUGAGAGUGGUGAGUAUUCUCUUUGUACUUUCUGUGAGAUGAUUGUUUUCUGGAUUCAAGUUCAGCUUAAACAGCAGAAAACAAAGGAAAAAAUAUUCAAAUACGUGACUCAGCUAUGCGAAAAUCUCCCAAAUCCAGUGGGAAAAUCAUUUGUCAACUGUGAUGAAAUAGAAACCAUGCCAGAAGUUACAUUCACCAUUGGAGAUAAAUCAUUCCCUCUUACAGCAGAACAGUACAUUCUUCGAUUUGAAGAAAGCCACUCUUCUACUACCAUAUGUGUUAGUGGUUUUGUCCCCUUGGACGUUCGUACCCCACAAGGUCCCCUCUGGGUCCUGGGAGAUAUGUUCAUCGCUGCAUAUCAUACAGUGUUCGACUUUGGGAAUCUCAGAGUAGGAUUUGCAAAAGCUGCAAGAUCAACCUAUGGAUUUCCUUCUGUUUAGAGAUUGCACUAUCUGUUCCCAUAUUAAAUGCAUUCCUAAUGGUUGAAAAAUUUUAGUUUAUGAAUAAGCUGCACCUCAUUUCCUCAUAAAACAAACCUAUUGUUCCAAAGUUAGAGUUUUUAUUUAGAUGAUAAAUUAAUACUUGUAUAAGUCUUACAUUUCUUCUGGCGGAUGGAACAUGUGAACAUUGAUGAACAUCUUCCAUAAAGAGUUUAAGCUGUU